GUAACUGCCUACCUUUGCGCGCGUUAGUAUUAGACGGAAGUUGAUUAUCGAUCCGUAAGUGAAGGAAUGCCAUGAAGUGACAUGAUUGCAACACAGGCUACCGUUUCACUCAGUAUGUGUGCGAGUUCGCGAAGACAAUGGGGGGAAAAUAUUAUUGCGACUGCCAUAUAGCCUUAUAUCAACUGUACAGUAUGUCCACAACAAAGGAGUGGCGCAUGCAGAUAUACCUAUACACAUGUAGGUUAGAACAGAGUUCCGUGGCGUGAGUUUAACAGCUGUUCUACCUCAACCAUUUUAAGUUGAUGUUGAUCAAUAUAGUCGAGUAAAGAUCGUGUAGUUCACCGUGCACGUAUAUACGUGGAUGUUUGGUAUAGCUGCCGGAACAGCUGUUUGUUCAGCAGAUACAUGAAAUUAUUUGUGAAGAACACGGUCGACAUUAAGACUGUGACAACGGCGUAAUUCUAGAGCAAAGACGUCACAAGUGAUGGUUUGGUGCAAGCUCCACGAACGGUCCAUACUGCGACUGUAAGAACAAGAAACGGCUCUCAGCACACACAUGUCGUGCCACUCCUGACGGAAUCUUACCAAGAUGUCCAGAGAGGAGAAAUUGUCCUCUAAGAGACAGGCGAUUGUUGCCGGGAUCUUUGGCGUCGUGACAGUGAUAUCAGGUAUCGUCUCGACAGUGCUGUAUUAUUAUUUCCUGAAGAACUUCUACGAGAACACCCUUAUGCAUGAUGCACCCCAGUUUGAUUUCUGGUGGACUCCUGUUCCGUUCAUUGUACCAGGGAUUCUUGGUAUAGUUGCCGCUGUCCAAAGAAACAAACCUUUGUUUGCCCUUUACCUGGCCAUGGCGAUAAUGACCCUGUUAGUGACCGGAAUAUUCUUCGUCAUCAUCGUUAUGUUUGUAGUCAAAAUUCCCUCCGAGUAUUCCAGAGCAGAGUGCAGAGACAGCGGCUUGGAGUGCCACUGUAUGAGAGACAUGACAGACGUGUUCAGUAAAGCCAUGGGGUACAGGAAUUGUGAUAAGAUGAUGGACAUGGCCGUAUACGGUCACGUGGCCACAGGAAUCUAUACGUUAGCCUGGGUGCUGUGUUUUGCCGGCGCCAUGCUCAGCUCCUUUACCUGUUGUUAUAUAGAGAAGCAACGAGCCAGAGCCAUCGUGGCCUUUAAGGAUCGUCACUGUCCAUCUUUCCGGGUGUCCAACGUGCAGCCCGGGCGGACCGAAAACAGACGGACUGAUAACAGGCGGACAGGGGCAGAUAACCUAGCCUAUGUAUACUUCUGAAGCUUGUUCACUGAGUGGAUCCGAUCUCAGAACCAAAGAGGACAAAAAUUUAAACCAACUGUGGUUCACCUGAUGCAUUAAUCCCACAAAUAUAUAUGUACAUAUAGUAUUUUCAACAAACUUGGUGCAAUUCUAUUGAAAGUGUUUUACUGAAAUUCGUUUAUAUAUAUAUGUAAUUUUUGAAGAGAUGAGUGCGUAAUUUAUCUUUAAUAAAUAUUUGAAUAUAUUCUUUUACACUUAAUCACGCCAACAGUUUAACCCGCCAUGGUAUAUGGGUGUAGCGUUGUAUUGCUUGUGACGUGUUAGAAGGAGUUCUUGUUUGUUAUUUUACAACAUAUCGGGUAAAGUAAAAUGCAACUUGAAGAAAGUGUUUAACACUUUAACAAGCAUAGCAGGUUAUUUUGUUUUAUUUAUUUGUGGCUACUGACUAACCUGAAAGAUAAAGUGAUGUUGUUUAUUUGUUUGUUUAGUUGGUGUGCAACGCCUGACUCAAAAUUUUUGCAUUCAUUUGUCGGCGGGCAUAUCUAUGGGUGGGGUAAGUUGGGCAUCAGCAACCCUGUGAAACUCGGUGUGCCUGGGCUAGAUUCGAACCCACGAUACGCCUGAUUGAUGAAGGGCUAGGAAACUUUCGGCAGACGUCAUUUUUUCCCUCGGUGAGCUACGUUCCGGGCAUAGACCUAGUCCAGGAAGUAUUUUAGAGACAAUCAGUUAAAAUGUUGUAUACGUAUUUUUAUUUUGCCUGCACCAUUUCCACGGUUUUCAAUUAAAGUGAUGACAGUACAAGUGUCUUUGACGCAAAAGGGGUAUGAUGGUCGUUUAUUUGUUUAUUAAACUGUGGUACAUGACAAAUUGCUCAUAUUUUUGUAUAUAAUCAGUGCCUGUCUGUGGUGGAAAUA